AUGAUGCUUUUUGUUUUGAUCCUGAAUUUACUGCAAAAACACCUAAAGAUUCUCCUGGUUUGCCAGCCAGUGCUAAUGCUCAUCAACUCUUCAAAGGAUUCAGCUUUGUUGCAACUUCUAUUGCAGAAGAAUAUAAAAUCACUCCUAUCACAAGUGCAAAUGUGUUACCAAUUGUUCAGGUAAACGGAAAUGCUGCACAGUUUGGUGAAGUGUAUGAAUUGAAAGAGGAUAUCGGUGUUGGCUCCUAUUCUGUUUGUAAGCGAUGCAUACACACCACUACCAACAUGGAAUUUGCAGUGAAGAUCAUUGACAAACUUAAGAGAGACCCUUCAGAAGAAAUUGAAAUUUUAAUGCGCUAUGGACAACACCCCAACAUUAUCACUUUAAAGGAUGUUUAUGAUGAUGGUAGAUAUGUUUACCUUGUUACGGAUUUGAUGAAAGGAGGAGAGCUACUUGACCGUAUUCUCAAACAGAAAUGUUUUUCAGAACGGGAAGCUAGUGAUGUACUGUUUAUAAUAACUAAGACAGUUGACUAUCUUCAUUGUCAAGGAGUUGUUCAUCGUGAUCUUAAACCUAGUAAUAUUUUAUACAUGGAUGAAUCAGCCAAUGCAGACUCCAUUAGGAUCUGUGAUUUUGGGUUUGCAAAACAACUUCGAGGAGAAAAUGGACUUCUGUUAACUCCAUGCUAUACUGCAAACUUUGUAGCACCUGAGGUUCUUAUGCAACAAGGCUAUGAUGCUGCUUGUGAUAUUUGGAGUCUGGGAGUCCUUUUUUAUACAAUGUUGGCUGGCUACACUCCCUUUGCUAAUGGGCCCAAUGAUACUCCUGAAGAGAUAUUGCUGCGUAUAGGCAAUGGAAAGUUCUCUUUGAGUGGUGGAAACUGGGACAGUAUUUCCGAUGGAGCAAAGGAUUUGCUUUCCCAUAUGCUACAUAUGGACCCACAGCAGCGGUACACGACAGAGCAAGUAUUAAAACACUCAUGGAUAACCCACAGAGAUCAGUUGCCAGAUGAUCAGCCAAAUAGAAAUGGUACAUCACAUGUUGUUAAGGGAGCAGUGGUCGCCACAUAUUCUGCCCUGACUCACAAGACUUUUCAACCAGUCCUAGAGCCUGUUGCUGCUUCAAGCUUAGCUCAGCGACGAAGCAUGAAAAAGCGAACAUCAACUGGCCUUUGAAAGUUUUAGGGUUCCUCAGCCAAUCUGGAUGAAGAAAAGAUUAAAUGUGUGGCUUUUUGUCUAAUCGUAUAUCAAAGGCAUUGUUUUUUACUACAUUACUUGAAUAUUCUGAUUAAGCUUCCUUUUUUUAAGGGGGAGUAAGAUUUAAAAAAAGAACAUAUAUAGGUCCACAAUUUUCAUACUAUGUUGCUUUUCAAUGUUGUCCAAGUAUUUAUUUAAGUAUAUAAUUGGUGUCUACAAAGUCCUACCAACUUCUCUACAUACUAACUUCUACAGUUUCUUUCAGAUUUCUAGUUAUGUAAAAUAAUGGCUUGGGGAAUCAUUACCAACAGUCAAGAUGCAAGUAUAAUAAUAUAAUGCCAAGCAAUGUCAAUAUUUUUUAACAUUAGAUCCUGAAAGGUUAGACGUCUUUUUUUUUUUUUUUUUAAGGAAAGUGAAAAAAAAUGUAUUGUAGAAACUUGUCAUUAUGUGUAAACUCCAUUCAUUUGACUCUCUGUAGUUACUAAAAUGUAAACGUAGUUUGGGGCCAGAGCAAAAAUCAUUUGUGCUCAUAUGUGAAUUCCUAAUAUGGUUGAUGCCAAAGUUUUUACAGAAGAAUUAAAUCAUAGAUAAUGUGUGCCGACAAACCUGUAUAUUGUCCAUAAAUGGCCUCAUCUAGAAAUAAAGGCUUCUGUAAAAUUUACGUUGAAUGGAAUUAUAGUACAAGUGAAGAAAUUUUAGCCAAAGGUCUUAUAUUGGUAUUAUAAUCUACUAAAUACGUCAUAGUUAAGCCUUUGAAAAUAAAGUAUAUGGUGUUGGCACUAACUUGAUGUUAUGUAAACUAACUUUGAGGUUAACCAAUUGGAUUUAAUUAUCAUCUGUCCUUUUAUAAUGAACUACACUCUUGUUUUUUUGAUUACCCUGUGCUUUGAAUUACAGUGUAGCAUAUUUAUCUUUAAUCCUAUGGUUAUAUAGUUGAAAUAUUACUGUAAUGAACUUGUGAGCUUAGCACACAUGAUAUAGUUAUAAUGCAUUUCAGUAAACUUUAGAUAAUACUACAUAAUAGUUAUACUUCAAUAAGAUAAACUGUCUUUUUAAAUAGGAAGUAAUAUUGAUGAUAUGCAUAAAAUUUGAACACAUUUUAAAUUAAUAUUUAUAAUUAAAAGGUCUGGCCAAAUUGGUCCUAUUGUUAAAUUUUAUGAUUCAGAACCACUGCGUAGUAUAUAUUGUUUUCUCUAAAUGAUUGAAUUUGAAAGAAUCUUUUUGUGCUGUUGAAGAAAAUACCAUUACUACUACUUUAAAUAGCAUUACUACUACUGCUGCUGCUACAACUACUGACAGAUAGAACUCAUGAAUGUAAACUUGAGGAUAUUACACUUUUCUUUACUGAAUAUAAGUGAUCUACUUAUGUGUGCUUGUUUUACUGUUUACUGUGUAUUUUAUUUUGCUUAGUUCAGAGAGGGGUGAUUACUGAGCUCUGAAGUGUACAGUUUAGGAUAGAAGACUUGUAACUUCAGUAUUUAAUAAAAGAAACUAUACAUAAUUCCUUUAUAAUGUAAGUGAUGUAUAUUCCACACACAAAGGUCUGUUUCAUUUGUGUGAUAUAUAAAAGUAUGUGUCCAUAUUUUGAGAUGUCUUUUGCAAUAGUUGAAAGACAUUAAAGAACGUCUUAAUAUUACAUGGAAGAUAUUAUUUAGAAAGACACUGGGAUCAUAUCUUGUGGAUUUUUUGUCCCAGUUCAGCUUUUUCUUUCCUCAUUUUGCUUUAUUACUAUAAGUAAUUGUGUCAUUUUAUUGACUUAUUUUCCUCUUGUUUGUGUUGUAAUGCCUUCUUAUCAAAAUUGAUAUGACACACUUAGAGAUGUGAUUUUGGUAUGUAACUUUUCAGAACAGAGAUACCAUUUCUAUAUAUGCUUUUGUAGUAGUAGAAUUAGAGUAAGUAAAGUUGGAAAAUGAAAAAUGAUCAUGAAAUAACUUUGUCUUUACAUGAGCAAUAGUUUUUAAAUAGAUGAUCUUAAUUUUUCAAUGAGUUUGCUCAAAAAGGUUGUGUCACACACUCCUUUCAUGAAAGGAACAUGGUCAGAAAUAAGCAACAAACAGCACAAUUUCUCAUCACUCAGUGAAAGUUGAAAAGGUAUAAAAGAUAUAGAUGUUAGUGGAUUAUCCCAAUAAUUGUGAGUUUUCUUCUGGAAAAUUCAAACAUGGUGGCUUAACAACAGUAGUAGGGAGCAACCUUAUUAUAAGGGAAAGCUAUACAUUACACCUUCAUUCUGCAAAAGGAACCCAGGUAGGGAUGCGUAAUCAUGUCCUUUUUGGCUAGAACUCUAGAACAACAAAAGCAGAUGUGAAUGGAACAUUUUUUGAUGGGGUUUCUAUUAAUUCUUAACCAAUAAAAGCAAAUCCUUUCUUUGAGACUUAA